AUAUGUAUUUCUGUGUAAAAAGUUUUAACCAGAAAUUGUUAGUCUGAUAAAAUCUGUCAAAUGUUUGCCCUUUAUGUUAGCAAAGUGUUCCAUGGUUUUGGAAACAGUUUUGUGUGUUUCUUAAGCAUUAUUCAUGUACUGGUGUGGUAGUGGAAAUAUGAUUUUAAUAUUACUAAAAAUUGCCUUGUAUUCACCAACUACAGUUAUAAAUAAUUGGACUUGUGAAAUUCAGUGGUUGAGAUCAUUGAUUUGUAUUAAACAAAGGUUGAGAUUACUGUCUGGUUUGAGGUAAUGUGAUUUGAGCCCGCAAAUUAGAAAUAAAUUUCGUACCGAAAAAACUUUUUGCACUUUUGAAAUUUUAAAAAGUUGGUUGGAAAGAGCGCGCAAGUUUUCGCAGUUAUGGAAACAAAAGAGCAAUAUGAUUUGGAUGAAUUUAUUAAUGACUUUUUGGCCUGGCAAAAAGUAAAGAUGGUUUUUAUUUGUCGCAUUUCAAACAUAUGGUUAUUCAUUAAAAAAAACAUUAAAAUUUUGCUUUUUUAUGACCAGACUAUGAAAAACUUAUCAAAAGAAAACUCGAACUUAAAGAUGCAGCUAAACAUAGUUCAAAACAAGCUUCUGAGGAGUGAAAUCGCCGAAAAAACAGCAAAUGAAAGUUCUACUCAUCUUCGAGAAAUGGUCGACAAACUUCAAUCAGUUCUGGACAGCCAAAAUAAAUUACAGGAUGAAAACGCGACUUUAAAAAGAGAAAUUGCUAAUGCAAAACAAAUUGCUGUGAAUGUGGAAAAGAGCCAUAAAUCCCAAAUUGACGAGGCUGUUAUGAAAUUAGAAGCUUGUCAACAGGCUAACACUAUAGAAGUCCAACAAAUGAAAGAAAAUUUGCAGCAACAGCACAAGCGUAAGAUCUCCUUGCUCGAACAAGAAAUACAAUCGAAAAAUGAAGAGAUCAGACAAUUGAAUGAAAAAAUUGGUGAUCUUAAAAGAGAUAGCCAUACUGAAAUUGUCAAAUUAAAGUUAGAGUAUGACGAAAAGCUUUUGAAAGCACAGAAAAAUCAAAUGAAACACGUAUCUAAUGCAAGCACCAACGUAAAUAAUGACAUUUUCCGCAAGAAACUGCAAUUUGCAAAAGUACAAGCAGAAAAGGACGUAAAUGUUCUAAAGAAAAAAAUAACAGAAUUAGAAAGAAAAUUGAUACAACAAAGCGGAAGAGGUCAGCAAGAUUAUCCUCCUUCUUUUCAAAAAAGAAGACGACUAUCAACAUUUAACAAUGAGAUGUGAAACCCAUUGCUCUUGUUGUUUCGUUAAACAUUUGUAAAGGUUGAAUUCCCUAUGUUUUUUUUAUCAAAAAAAUAAUCAAUAUUAAUCAUUGUAUUCUAAACGAGUUGAUAUGUAUAUUUUAUGUUUUACUUUUUAAUAGCUCAUAAUAAAUGCCAAAAAAUUAUUACAUUAAAAAACUCUAUUACUUUAUGCUAUUUAUCACACAAAUACACAACCAUGAAAUUGUAAAGAAGUAAUACAACAAAUUUAUAUUAUUAAAUACAAUAACUGCUAA